AUGCAAAAGGCUGAAAUUCAUUGGUCGCCUAAUGAUCGUAAUCAAUUAGCAGAAAUUGGAGCUGAAAUAAUAAUUCAUACAUUUGAUCGACCAUUAAGUGGAGAAAGUGGAAAAUGUGUUUUAGGUGGAACAAAUAAAAAAACAACAAGUCUUAAUUAUCCAUUACAUGAAAAAAAUAAUAUCAAAUGUUGUGCAUGGUGGCCUUCACAAGAAUAUCCAUAUGUAUUUGCUAUUGGACAACCAAAUGGAAGAAUUAUUUUUGAAAAUGUUAAAGAUCGGUCAGAUCCAUUAAGUCAAGGAAGAAUAGUAAUUGAUACGAAACAAGGACGACCAUGUGUUGCACUUGCGUGGAAUCCAAAAAUACCAAAUUUACUUUUAUCGGGUUUUGAUAGAUAUCGUUCAGAAAAUUGUUUAUCUGUAUGGGAUAUAAAUCAUAAUGGUAUGUCAUCACCAUCAUUACAAACAGGAACAGGAAUAACAUCAUCAUCAUCAUCAAAUGUUGAUGAAUAUAAAAGAGUUGAUAUGUUAAUGCAUAAUCAACAAGUUUGGAAGCCAAUAUUUGAUCAUGGUUUAAAUGAACAAUGUCAUUCAUUAGCAUGGUUUAAACCAAAUGAAAAAAUAUUUGCUGCUUGUACAACAGCGCAUAAUCAAAGAAAUAUUAGAGUUUAUGAUAUACGUGUCCCAUCAACACAUGUAAUUUCAUUUCCAACCAAAGCUCCAUUUAAUUUAUGUUGUGAUUCAAGUGAACGAUAUAUAGCGGCAAGUGUUGACAAAACAAUUUAUGUAUAUGAUAGUCGUGUGCCUGAAAAAGCUCUUAUUGUUCGUGAAGAACAUGAACCAAUUGUUAAACUUUCAUGGAGUCGAAUUGGUUCAUCUCAACUUGGUUAUUGUAUUCGAGAUUCACCUAAAUUUCAUGUUUUAUCUGUAUCAACAAAUGAUACUGAUAUUUUUGUUCAUCGAAUACUUCAAUGUCCUAUACAACGAUAUAGAAUUGGUUUAGCUUCAUUUGAUUGGAAUUAUUUUGAUGAACAUCGUCUUGUUUUACUUAGUGGAAAAGAAUAUUUUGAUUAUGUUAUUCCAUCUCGAUCAACUAUUUGUUAUUCACCACGAAAUGGACUUUUAUGGACAAAUGGUCUUGAAAUGUACCCAUCUGUUAUCAAUCAAGAUCAUACGCAAUUAACUUCAAAAGUUCUGCUUACAUAUAAUUUAUCAAAUGUACAAAAUGAUAGAAGAAAUUUAACACCAACACAAUCAACAUUAAAUACAGAAUUAAUUCAAAUGGAUUUAAAAACAAUGACUAAAGAAACACAAAUGACUAUUGAACAAAUAGAGAGAUGGAUUAAAAAUGCAAAUACAACCAGAGAUCCAUAUCCAUUUGUUGGAGUUAUUGAAGCAUUAAGAGAAGCUCAACCAUCAUCAACAAGCACAUUAACACAUCAAUCAUGGACAUCAACGGGUAAUUCAACACAUACAAAAACUGUUUAUGAAUCACCUGAAAGACAAAUAGUUAGUCAAUUAUGUGGUUGGUCAAAUGUUGAUACAAAAUCUGGUGGAUAUGAUCGUAUGGCAUCAUUAUUAGAACAAGAUGAAUAUGAAAAAGUAGCUGCACUUUAUAUAUUUCAAAUGAAUGUCAAUAAAGCAUUAGAGGUUCUUAAUGAAGGACUUCAACGAGGUGGGAAAGAAGAAUUAGCAACAUUAAUUCUUGCAUUAGUUGGUUCAAUACGAGCAACAUCAACAAAUAAUGAUGAUAAUACAUUAAUUAAUGAUUUUUCAUCAGUAACAAAAUUAUUUCAUCGUCCAUAUGUACGUUCAAUGUUUGCAUUUAUUCUUACACAAGAUGGAAAUGAUCUUCAAUAUGAAUGUGUUCUUGAUGAACAAUUAGAUCUUAAUGAUAAAGUUGCAUUUGCUGCGAGAUAUUUAAAUGAUGAUCGUCUUUAUGAUAAAUUAGAUAAAUUAGCAGAUGAAAGUCGAAAAAAAGGAGAUCUGCAAGGAAUUCUUCUUACCGGUUUACGACAAAAUGGAUGUGAAUUAAUACAAAAAUAUCUUGAUCAAACAAAUGAUAUUCGUACAGCUGCAUUACUUGCUAUUUAUGUACCUGAAGAUGUUCAUCAAGAAUGUCAAUAUGUUCAAGAAUGGAUUGAAGGAUUUCGAUUGCUUCUUGAUGAGCUUCAAUUGUGGAGUGAACGUGCUGAAUUUGAUAUAUAUCGUAGUCAUGUAACAGGUACAACACCACAUCGUCGACAUCAUGAUCGUUCAAUGAAUAUGAAUCAUCAUUUUUCAUGUAUUUUUUGUCAAACACCACUUGAAGCACAUCAUGGAAUGUCAAAUCAAACUUCAACAACAAAUUCAAGUUCAACACCAAUUCCAACAACACCAUCAAAACCUCAGGGUCGAGGAUCACAACCAAAUAAUCAAAAUCGAUCAUCUGGAUCAUCUUCAUAUGCUCCACCACCAAAUUCUGAAUUGUUAAUGGUUUGUGCUAAAUGUCGUCAAGUUUUACCACGUUGUUCAAUUUGUAUGAUGAAUUUAACAACAUAUAUUGAAGAUGCAUCUUAUGCAUAUGAACCACCACCAGAUAAACAUGCAUUAAUGUCAAGUCAAUGGUUUACAUGGUGUCGUUUAUGUCGACAUGGUGGUCAUGCUGAGCAUGUUUCAAAUUGGUUUGCAAUGAACGAACAAUGUCCGAUUGCUAAAUGCUUAUGUCGAUGUACAUUGAUUGAUGGUGUCUUUUUUUGA